UUUUUCCCCAUUUUACUUUCAGGAUGAUCGGGGGGAAUAAUCGUGCUUGGUUAAAUGAGGGUAAUGAAUUUCAUUUAAUUGAAUCAACGGCGAAUCUUGUGAAAUACUUCAUUUCAAAUUCUACUACAUUGCCCAGCUUCUCCAGGCUGAAGAUUGUAACAAAAUGCCAAGACGUUAUUUCCAAAUGCUUGACCAUGCUCUUCAGUAAACCUAAUGGACGUGAUUUAAUUGAUCAACUACGACCUGUGCAGAGUAUGUUAAGUCGAUUAUAAGUUUCGAAAUAGUAAAUCGUCGAUUGACGAAUAUUAUAAAACAAUAGUAAUAACGAGUAGUAUACAAUUAAUAUCAUUGAUGUAAUUAUUGUUUUCUUAUAUACUAUUUCUUUCUAAUAAACGUGCUUGAUUUCAUUUGUAA